AUGACCAGACAUGGGAAGGAGUUGAGACAAGAUGAUGAGACCCUGAGACCACUUACAUGGGAGAGCCAACACACCAUGCAGCCUGGUGUUCUCCUGAUGCUGAUGCUGUCAAUCACACAUACCCAGAGCCUCUCCUCAUGUCCAGCCUCCUGUGUGGUGUGUUCUGAAGAUGCUGUCAUCUGUUACAAGCUCUCCAACAUCCUAGAGGCCCCUGAGACCACCAAGGCCAUGAUGCUGACCGACGGCUCCAUCGUGUCCGUGGACCGCCACUUCCUGUCUGACAUGUCCAGCAUGACCGUGCUGUCCCUCAGCCACAACGCCAUCACCACCAUCACCCACGACGCCUUCCAGAACCUCACCGUCCUCCACACCCUCCUCCUGGACCACAACCACCUCUCCAGCCAGGCCCUGGGGAGGGACACUUUUUCCUGGCUGCCCAGGUUGGAGAUCCUCAAGCUGGGGAACAAUGCCCUCGGGGAAGUCAACGGCUCCUGGUUCCAUGCCGCCGGGGCCCUGCGGACGCUGCAGCUGGAAGGGAACCGCCUCUCCAGGCUGGACGCCACCACCUUUGCCUCGGCAGACCUCCAGGGGCUGGAGACCUUGGAUCUGUCCGAUAAUCUGAUCACAUAUCUGGGGAGGGAUAGCUUCCGGGGUCUGCUGGGGCUGCGUAGUCUGGAUCUGUCCAGGAAUCAGCUCCAGAGUGCCCCGCCAGAGGUGUUUUCGUACCUAUCGUGGAUGUCUAGUCUGAACCUGGAACUAAACUGGUGGAACUGUACAUGUGAGCUGAGGAAGCUGGCGUCUUUCCUCACCAGCUAUAUGGAGGCUCCGGAUAAGGUACUGUUCAACGGGCGUAGGAUGGUGUGUGUGAGUGCUGACAACCCGGCAGUGAAGACGGUGCUGGAGCUGACAGAGGCCAACUGUGUUCCAACAAAUCAGAACAUCACAGUGCAGGUUGAGGCUAGGAACGCCAUCUCCUCUCAGCGUUAUACCAGAGACCUGGCUCUGGCUGCAGCCUUCUGCUUUGCUGGUGGCGUUGGACUCACCCUAGCUGUGGUGUACAUUGUUUACUGCAAACUGGGGAUGAACAAGAGCCUGAAGGUCUGGAGAGACAGGACUGGAGCUGAGGAGGAUGAGAAUGGGAGGACAGCUCCCACCCAAACAGUCACCCAGUGGGAUCUGAGCAGGGAGAAUGAGGCCCUACCUAUGGCUCAAAUGGGACUGGAAACCAAGCUGAUCAUUCCCAAUAGCCACCUCCAGCCUUGGGACAGGGAGAGAGCCAUGUUUGACCUGAGAAUAGGCAAAGAUGGUGGCCAUUUUACAUGCCCCCAUUGUGGCCCUGCAGUCAGUGGGUCUGCAAUGGAACAGGGGGUAGGAGAUGGACACUUGGGGGCACCCCUGCACAUGCUCAGACAAGGGGGAGGCCAGCCCAACAAGAUGGAGAGUCUGGCCAUGACAGAGGAGAGCGAUGAGAGGAAGAGACAUGUGCCCCAACAAGCACUGAUAUCAAAGACAGAAGAUCUAAGCGGUCAAAGCUCAUUGAAAGAGAAAGAGGAAGAAGAGAAUGAAGACCUGAGGAGAUAUUGUCGAUACUUUACUAAAGAACAGUUGAUCAUGCUGUGUGUCUGUGUUGCUCUGCUUGUGCUACUUCUGGUCAUCAUCAUCACCUCUGUUCUCCUGACUCAAAAUGGAGGUAAAUAUCUCUCUCAAAAAAAAUGCAAUCAACAGGCAUCUGAAACGAUCCUGCCGUUCCCUACUGAUGGAGACAUGCUGGACUUCCUCGUCCAAACUGGAGACAUCAGGGAGAGAGACGCGCUGUACGCCACCUGGUAUCACCGUGCCAACAACAAGUCAGAGAUGAACAUAGCACUGCAAAGUUGUAUCAUGGUUCUGGAGGCUGAUGUGACUGUGCAGGGAUACGCUACGGUCAACGUGACCACUAUCCCCAUCAUGGCUCAUCCUCCUGCUGUCUACAGUGACAACACUCUGGACCAGUGGCUGGAUGCCGUGCUCCAGUCAAAGAAAGGCAUAAAGCUGGACUUCAAAUGCAUCCAGGCGGUGACUCCCUCUCUGGGCAUCCUGAGCAUGAAGAACCAGACUAAAGGCAUCAACCGGCCGGUGUGGCUGAACGCUGACAUCCUCCCUGGGCCAAACGUCCCAGCCUUCUGGCCUGUCAUCGACGGACCUGAGUUCUUGGCAAUGAUCCAUCAGAGUUUUCCAGACGUGACCAUCUCUCCUGGAUGGGCAGUUCUGUAUCUGCCCCAGUUCCCAAACGUCACCUACACACAGGCCAUGGUGGAGGACAUGUACGCCAUCAUCAAAAAUGUCCCUCAGACAGUCACCUUCCCCAUCCACGCGCUCAUGGCCAAGAACGGAUGGCCUCACAUCAGCUGGCUACUCAGCCAGUCACCAAAGUUCAGUCUGACUCUGUGGCAGAGCCAGGAAAAGAACCCCAGUGUGAAUGACCUGCUGUUCGUCAGAGACAACACCAACCCUAAGCGGGUCUACUAUGACAUCUAUGAACCUGUCCUGUCCCAGUUUAAAGAAGCUGCCAAGCAAAGAGAUCGGCAGAGGAGGUUCUACCCUGGAGGAGACCUGAUUGACUAUUUCCAGCCGAAAUAUAGAGAUGGCUUGUACAUCCAGUGGAACACAGUCACAGACAGAGCCUCACUGCUUUCUCUGCUGUCAGACAGUGCCAGUGGCAUGCUCAUCAUUCCAGUAGGAUCUGGUUCCGCCCAGCCUGGGGUCCCAGUGGUGGAGGGCUCCCGUCCAGAGUUCCUUCUCCAGGACUCCCUGAACCUGGUUCUGGCCUCUCCAAAACCCUUUGGUAUCUACUUAAGGAUCCAGUCCCAGAGCCAGCUGGAACCCUCUCUCCACCUCCUCAGCUCAGCUUACCACAGCGACCUCCUGUACCGCCCCGUCUGGGUCAACAUGGCUCUGUCCCAUGGAGCCUUCCAGACCCAGGGCUACAUCUCUGGGAGGGAGUUCCUCCACACAGUCAACCAGGUGUUCCCCUAUGUGACCCUGGCCCCCAGCUGGCCUCUUGAAGUCCUGAGGGAGGGGUAUAACAGGGCCAUGGUGGAUGACAUGGAGGUUUUACUGAAGGGGGCGUGGCAGGCUGUGUCCCUGCAGGUGAGGGCGGAGCCACUGGGGAGAUCUGUGGAGGGACAGAGGAGGAUUCGGGAGGUGCAGUCACGGUACUCACUUACAGUGGAGACCGGGAUAGAAAGUGGGAUUGAUGAGGCAGGACCACAGGCAAUCAUGGCCAACCUCUCUGGGAGCAAAGACAGAAGCUUGUUUUUUUAUAACUGA